GGGACCUACGGUGCGGUAACGGGGAUGGGCAGCGGGGCGAUGCCGAGGGGACCCGGAGGCUCCUGGGGAACAGGGGUACGUCCGGGGGCGCCCGACGGGCCGGGCCGGGCAGGCUCAACGUGGACGGGCUGCUGGUCUACUUCCCGUACGAUUACAUCUACCCGGAGCAGUUCUCCUACAUGCUGGAGCUCAAGCGCACGCUCGACGCCAAGGGUCAUGGAGUUCUGGAGAUGCCCUCAGGAACGGGGAAGACAGUGUCCCUGUUGGCCCUGAUCAUGGCAUAUCAGCGGGCAUAUCCGCUGGAGGUGACUAAACUCAUCUAUUGCUCAAGGACAGUGCCUGAGAUUGAGAAGGUGAUUGAGGAGCUUCGGAAGUUGCUCAGCUUCUAUGAGAAGCAGGAGGGUGAGAAGCUGCCGUUCUUGGGGCUGGCGCUGAGCUCUCGGAAGAACCUGUGCGUCCAUCCUGAGGUAACACCCCUGCGCUUUGGGAAGGAUGUCGAUGGAAAAUGCCACAGCCUCACAGCCUCCUACGUGCGGGCGCAGUACCAGCGGGACCCCAGCCUGCCCCACUGCCGCUUUUACGAGGAAUUUGACAUUCAUGGGCGCCAGGUGCCCCUCCCUGCUGGCAUCUACAACCUGGAUGACCUGAAGGCCGUGGGGCGGCGCCAGGGCUGGUGCCCGUACUUCCUUGCCCGGUACUCGAUCCUGCACGCCAACGUGGUGGUCUACAGCUACCACUACCUCCUGGACCCCAAGAUUGCAGACCUGGUGUCCAAGGAGCUGGCCCGCAAGGCCGUUGUGGUCUUCGACGAGGCCCACAACAUUGACAAUGUCUGCAUCGACUCCAUGAGCGUCAACCUCACCCGCCGGACCCUGGACAGAUGCCAGGGCAACCUGGAGACCCUGCAGAAGACAGUGCUCAGGAUCAAGGAGACGGACGAGCAGCGCCUGCGUGAGGAGUACCGCCGCCUCGUGGAGGGGCUGCGGGAGGCCAGUGUCGCCCGGGAAACCGACGCCCACCUGGCCAACCCCGUGCUGCCCGACGAGGUGCUGCAGGAGGCGGUGCCGGGCUCCAUCCGCACGGCCGAGCACUUCCUGGGCUUCCUGCGGCGGCUGCUGGAGUACGUCAAGUGGCGGCUGCGCGUGCAGCACGUGGUGCAGGAGAGCCCCCCCGCCUUCCUGAGCGGCCUGGCCCAGCGCGUGUGCAUCCAGCGCAAGCCCCUCAGGUUCUGCGCUGAACGCCUCCGAUCCCUCCUGCACACCUUGGAGAUCGCGGACCUCGCGGACUUCUCCCCGCUCACGCUCCUGGCUAACUUUGCCACCCUAGUCAGCACCUACGCCAAGGGUUUCACCAUCAUCAUCGAGCCCUUUGACGACAGGACCCCAACCAUUGCCAACCCCAUCCUGCACUUCAGCUGCAUGGACGCCUCACUGGCCAUUAAACCCGUCUUCGAGCGCUUCCAGUCUGUCAUCAUCACAUCUGGGACGCUGUCCCCACUGGACAUCUACCCCAAGAUCCUGGACUUCCACCCCGUCACCAUGGCAACCUUCACCAUGACACUGGCCCGGGUCUGCCUGUGCCCCAUGAUCAUCGGCCGCGGCAACGAUCAGGUGGCCAUCAGCUCCAAAUUCGAGACCCGGGAAGAUAUUGCGGUGAUCCGGAACUACGGGAACCUCCUGCUGGCGAUGUCUGCCGUGGUCCCCGACGGCAUUGUGGCUUUCUUCACCAGCUACCAGUACAUGGAGAGCACCGUGGCCUCCUGGUACGAGCAGGGCAUCCUCGAGAACAUCCAGAGGAACAAGCUGCUCUUCAUUGAGACCCAGGACGGGGCUGAGACCAGUGUGGCCCUGGAGAAGUACCAGGAGGCCUGUGAGAACGGCCGUGGGGCCAUCCUGCUCUCAGUGGCUCGAGGCAAAGUGUCCGAGGGAAUUGACUUUGUGCACCACUUCGGGCGGGCCGUCAUCAUGUUUGGCGUCCCCUACGUCUACACGCAGAGCCGCAUCCUCAAGGCGCGGCUGGAAUACCUGCGGGACCAGUUCCAGAUCCGAGAGAACGACUUCCUCACCUUCGACGCCAUGCGCCACGCGGCCCAGUGUGUGGGCCGGGCCAUCAGGGGCAAGACCGACUACGGCCUCAUGGUCUUCGCUGACAAGCGGUUUGCCCGGGCGGACAAGCGGGGGAAGCUGCCUCGCUGGAUCCAGGAGCACCUCACGGACGCCAACCUCAACCUGACCGUGGACGAGGGGGUCCAGGUGGCCAAGUACUUCCUGAGGCAGAUGGCACAGCCGUUCCACAGGGAGGAUCAGCUGGGCCUGUCCCUGCUGAGCCUGGAGCAGCUGGAGUCCGAGGAGACGCUGCGGAGGAUCGAGCAGAUUGCACAGCAGCUGUAGGCGAGGUGGGGCAGGGCCAUAAAAGGAGUUCGUGUGACUGCGAGUGUUACCUGGCCCUGGGUCCCAGGCUUGGGGCCUCCGGCGGGAGGCGCGGGAAGGCCUGUGCAGGAAGGAGACCUCAAGCGGACAUUCUUGGCGGCCAGAUCGACAAACUUUAAUAGCAGAGGAGAGGGCAGCCCAAUACACGGGGUGUCCCCAGGGCGCCAGGCAAGGAGAUGAACAGACUCCCCUCUGGUGGAAGCUGCAGGCACGUGGUCCUGUGGACUUUAACGGGGCCCCAGGUCCUGGGUGCUGGCGCUGAGGGUCCGAGAGGCCUCACUCAGGUGCUGGUUGGGGAACUGGGGACAGGCACAAGGGGUGGCUGACGGGAAGGCGAGGGCAGGACACACCUGCUCCAGCUGCACUAGCGCUACCCCACCCUGACUGCCAGCCUGUCCACUGCAGCGGCUGUAGUGCUCAUUCUCCUGUACCUCAUGUCCAUCCCCUACCUGACCCCCAAGUAAAGCCCAUCCAUCCAU